AUGGAAACUGAGGCCUCUCUAAUACUUGGAAUUGAUCUUGGUACGUCAAGCAUCAAGGUCGCUCUUGUCACACAAGGCCCAAAUCCUCACGUUGAAACCACUUUAUCAAGGGAUACUGGCCUUGUUUCAGGACACAGUUUGAGCAACUUUAAGAUAUUCUACCUCCCCAAUGAGCACACUCAAGAUGUUGGAAAGAUAUUUCAAUGCCUGCACAUUCUGCUUUCCACGAUACCUCCACGAUUAAUGGCUCGUGUUACAGCCAUCACCGUGACAGGUCAGAUGCAUGGAGUUAUGGGGUGGCUAGGUAGCGACCUUGCGAUUCUGGAAAAAUCCAGAACUGAGAAGAAAAAACUCGAUGCUAAUGUGAGUGGAGGCGGGUGUGGAAAAUUGAUCACGUGGAUGGAUCGUCGAUGUAGCAAGGAAUUUCUCGAUUCUCUUCCAAACCCCACAAGGAGUGAAAAACCUUUUACUGGUUUCGGCUGUGCCACCAUUCUUUGGCACUUUAAGAAUCAACCAGAAGAGUUCGCAGUGACUCCGAUAGACGUGGAACAGGAGCGAGAUAUUUUCGAAAAAGCGGCAGUUUUGCGCAAGACUUCUGUUGGAUCACCUACUCAGCGACCAACGAUCAUCGGCAAUGCGGACGACUGCAAAUCUUUUGCGUCACAAACUAAAUCGAGAUCGAUAUCUCAAAGUCCUUUGCCCUCGCUUUUUCGACCAGUACAGCACACCCCAUGGACUUGUAUUGGCACAGUGGCAGACUUCCUUGUAGCCUGUCUUGCCUCCCUUCAGCGACCUAUUAUGUCUCCACAAAUGGCCAUGUCCUGGGGCUACUUCGACAUGGAAAACAAUUCUUGGGAUUUCCAUGCUCUCAAUGCCUCUGGUUUUACACUAACGCACCUGUUGCCCGAGAUUGUGCCCUGUGGAACAGAGGUUGGAAAGCUUGCCUUCGACUGGGAGGGUGUGCCCGCCGGAGCCAAAGUUUUUGUGGCCCUGGGAGAUCUUCAAUGCUCCGUCUACCCUUUCCUCGAACACCAGAGGACGCUAAAUGGUAUUGGGGCCUGCAACAUUAGUACAUCAGCCCAGAUAGCCUUCAAGCUUCCAGCUGGCGUGGAAAUCAAUGCACCAACCUCCUCGCAUUCUUCCCCCACCAGCACAUGCAACGCGGACAGUGAAGGCGUCUUUGAGCGUCUGUUGACAUCUAAACGAAUCUCUGUGUGGCCAUUCUUCCACCCCAAUGAACGAAUUGUCGUAGCCGCAAGUCUGAAUGGUGGCAAUGUAAUCGAGAGGUUUAUCAAAAUGCUGCGUGUUUGGUGUCGACAGUUGGGAUGCCCUGCCAUAGAGACUGCACAGGUUAAUUUAUUUAAUGGUGUUGGUGGCGGCGGGUAG